AUGGAAGUUUGUUGGGGAAACAACUGGUUCUCCAUCCUCAUUAAUGGCGAACCUUCGGGUUUCUUUAAAUCCUUCAGAGGUUUGCGUCAGGGGGACCCUCUUUCCCCAGCUCUUUUUAUUAUUGCUAUGGAAGCCUUCUCGGUAAACCUCAAACUGCUGAUAAACAGUGGUAGAUGCCAACGUUUCCUUAUGCGCCGAAACAGCCCCAUCAUCUCCUAUUUACUCUACGCAGAUGACAUUUUGCUCUUCUCAAACGGCAAGAAGGAAAACCUUCUGAAGGUUCUUCAGUUUCUCGCCUUAUUCCAGCAAGCUACUGGCCAAAAAAUCAUCAACAACAAGAGCUGUUUUAUCUGCCCUCGAGCCCUUUCGUUAGCUCGAAUCAGGUCCAUAUCAUGUAUUUUGGGUUUUCGGAAAGCCAAUGGAACAAUACAAUAUUUGGGAGCCCCCCUUCGCCUAGGUAGAAUCCGUUCUUCUGAGCUUCAAUUUUUGGUGGUUAAGGUGGAGAGGAAGACCGCUGGUUGGGCCGGCAGACACAUCUCACAAGCGGGAAGAACCACUUUAAUUCGCCAUGUCUUGGGAAGCGUCCCCAUCCAUAUCAUGCCCAUUGAGGAAGGUGGUCUGGGUGUGAGACGCUUGAAAGAGGUUUUGGAGGCUCAUCGUCUCAAGUUAGCCUGGGCUGUAAAUUUCAGCAAUCAGUCGGGUCCGUGGGUUAAGCUUAUGCGCAACAAGUAUAGUAGGGACCUACUCCCCAACGCCUUGAUGCCUCCCUCCACGAAUCUGUCGCCAUUUUGGAAAAGUGUAAGGGCGUUGUUUCCUCUGCUGUCAGAGACUGUCCAAUGGCAUAUUGGACGAGGUGAGCUAAAUUUUUGGAAAGCCAAUUGGAUGGGUAGGGGCCCUAUCCAGCGCCUACUCAACAACCGGGUUCUGCCUGAGCUAGCUGAUCUUCAGGUGAAAGACGUCCUCGGGUACUUAGGACCGCUCCCCCCAUCCCGAGUGUUCUCCCUUCUUCCACAACAGAUUAUAGACAAUAUCUUCAAUGGUGGUUUUACAACGUCGGACGAAAAUGCAGAGUGUAUCUGGCCGCUCGAAGUUUCUGGUUUGUUGUCCUUGCGAUCAGCCUGGAAGCUGCUGAGAAGCUCGUCCCCCCCUCUUAGUGGGCCAGAUGGAUCUGGCAUGGCUCUCUUCCUCCAAAAUUCUCCAUCUUGGAGAGUUCUUCAAAAUGCGACCCCUGUUGACAGCAGAGUUCAGGCAAAAGGAGUGACCCUCGCGUCAAGGUGCUGGUGCUGUCUUGGAGUCGAUAAUGCCAGGCCUCAGGUGGAAUCCAUUGCCCAUCUAUUCCUCGCUACGACUCACGCCACAGCUCUCUGGUCGCGGUUCGGGGUGCAGUGCAGUGUGCCCCCCCUUCCUCAUAACUCUGUUGAUAACAGGCUCUCUCACUGGAGGAAUGCCGCGGCCCCAGGCUAUGCGUCAAAAACAAUCAGAACUCUGCUUCCUAUUCUUAUUCUGUGGGAGAUUUGGCGAUCCAGAAAUGCGGUGAUUUAUGGCAACUGUCCCAUGAACAUAACAAGGUCUAUCGCCCAUGUUAGAUGGUGGGCUAACGUGGUAAUCGGGGUGGAGCAGAUGGACAGCCUCGUCAGGUCCCUUCGAUCCAGUCCUUCAAGGCCGCCUAACAUUAUCAGACGUUCUGCCACAAUCCUUGUCAAAUGGAAGCGGCCAUCGCUGGGUGGGUCAAAUUAA